AUGCUCGGAACCUUCGCCACCAGCGGCACGGCCGUCGCAAUCUCCACAGCCACCACACACCCCGUCGACGUGGUUAAGGUGCAGCAGCAGAUGCAAGCAGUGGGCCAACGAGGCCCCUCCUCCACAAUGCUAGCCACCACGCGCAAGCUCCUUCAAGAAGGCGGCGUGCGCGCUUUAUACCGCGGCGUCGAACCCGCCGUGGUUCGCGCCCUAUCCUACGGCUGCCUGCGACUCGGCCUGUACGAGCCGUGUCGCAAUAUGAUCGCACCUAAAGACAAGUCGCAGGUGCAUAUGGGACAUAAAGCCCUCGCGGGGAUUAUGUCUGGAUCGUUCGCUACAGCCGUGUCAAAUCCUCUGGAUGUCGCGAAGGUCCGGUUACAAAUGAUUUCCGAGACGGCCGCCGCCGGCAGCGCCGCGAACGGCGCCGCGAACGCCGCCGCGAGAAGCGCGGGUGCGCGGAGCAGCCGGUCGACGACGGGGCAGAUUCUGGAGAUCGCGCGGGCGGAGGGAGUCGGCGCGCUGUGGAAGGGCGUGGGGCCGUCCAUGGGGCGCUCUGCGGUGCUCACGGCGGCGCAAUGUGCGGUGUACGACGAAUGCAAACAAAUGCUCAAAGCGCGGGCUGGCGUCUCGGACGGUCUACCUCUUCACCUCAGUGCGUCCAUGCUCGCGGGUGCCGUUUCCACGCUCGCGUCGUCCCCCUUCGAUACAGUCAAGACGCGCAUGAUGGCAGUUAAGAAAAUCUCCGCCGCCGCUUCCGCCUCUUCCGCCUCCUCCGCCGCCUCCGCGGCCCCCCGAGCCCCGCUCCCCCCGCCAUCCGCUCCCCCGUCGAUCCCCCCCCAGUCAAAUGCCACGAUAAGCGGAGCCUCGUCCGCGUUUUCUCCCGUAAACCUCCAAAACCCCGCUCCGCACAAUUCUUCCGCCCAGCUCCAACCCGCGCUCGCGUACUCCACUUCUUCCGCCUCCCCUGCUCCUUCCGCGCGCCCGCCGCCGCUGCCUGCUGCGCGCGGACUGCCUCCGCUGGGUCCUGCGCCCGCUGCUGCGCCCUUGGCUGGCGCAGCUCCGCCAGCAGCCGGGGGAGCUAUCGUUUACCGCGGAUCCAUGCACUGCGCUUACUCGAUUCUCCGCACGGAGGGUAUCCGCGGGCUUUACAAAGGUUGCGCCGCGAAUUACGCGCGCCUGGGUCCCAUGACUGCCAUCACCUUCAUCGUCUACGAACAACUGCGAUCCCUCGCCGGGCUGUCCAGCUUGUAA